AACUAUUGCAGGGGCACUAUUCCAUGGGCAAAGGCAGCCUCUGGUACCUCACUCAAGUGAUCAUUCGUCAUGUGUUGGCAUGGACAGUAAUACUAAUCUGGCCAUUGGUACUGCUCUUAGUCCUGCAUGUGUCCUAUUGUUUUUAUGUACCGGGUGUGGCACCAAUUGACUUCCAUCACAAUCGUCCUGUGGAAAUUAAGGCUGUGAAAUUAACCAGUUCACGGACACAGCUCCCCUAUGAAUAUUAUUCCCUCCCUUUUUGUCGACCAGAAAAAAUUGAAUAUAAGGCAGAAAACCUUGGAGAAGUGUUACGAGGGGAUCGCAUAGUCAGCACCCCGUAUGAAAUACACAUGAACAUUGAAAAGAAAUGUGAAGUACUCUGCGGAACGCCGACCAAGCCUCUCAAAUUUACAGUAGUAGAGAGCAAACUGGUCGUGGAAAGGAUCCAGGAAGAGUAUUAUGUUCAUUUAAUUGCAGAUAACCUACCAGUUGCAACACGCUUAGAAUUUUACCCCAAUCGAGAGGAUGAAGAGAAGAAGAAAGAAAAGGAGGUUCAGUUCGAACACGGCUACAGACUGGGAUUUGUCGACAACAACAAGUUCUACCUCCACAACCAUCUCUCCUUCAUUGUGUAUUACCAUAAAGAAGAAAUUGAGAAAGAUCAGGAGCCUACAUACAGAGUGGUGCGUUUUGAAGUUAUACCACAAAGUGUUAAAUACGAAGACCUGAAAGCUGACGAGAAGGGAAACUGCAACCUGCCUGAGGCUGCAGGCUCUAUUGCCCAGGAGAUUGACCCCAAGAAAGAGAAUGAAGUCCUUUUUACUUAUUCUGUUCGUUGGGAGGCCAGUCUUGUUAAAUGGGCAUCUCGCUGGGAUACAUACUUAACCAUGAGUGAUGUGCAGAUUCACUGGUUCUCCAUUGUGAACUCGGUGGUUGUGGUUUUCUUUCUAUCAGGAAUUCUGAGCAUGAUCAUCAUCCGGACUCUAAGGAAGGACAUUGCUAACUACAACAGAGAAGAUGACAUUGAGGACACAAUGGAAGAGUCUGGCUGGAAAUUGGUCCAUGGUGAUGUGUUCAGACCACCUCAGUAUCCGAUGAUCCUCAGCUCUCUGUUAGGAUCUGGUAUCCAGUUGUUCUGUAUGGUCCUGAUUGUAAUCAUUGUUGCCAUGUUGGGGAUGCUGUCACCAUCCAGCCGAGGAGCGCUGAUGACAACCGCUUGCUUCCUCUUCAUGUUUAUGGGGUUGUUUGGUGGCUAUUUUGCUGGCCGUCUCUACCGUACUCUAAAAGGUCACCGAUGGAGGAAAGGUGCCUUUUGCACUGCUACCCUCUAUCCUAGCAUUGUAUUUGGAUUGUGUUUCAUCCUGAAUUGUUUCAUCUGGGGAGAACAUUCAUCAGGAGCUGUUCCAUUCCCUACUAUGCUGGCCCUUCUCUGCAUGUGGUUUGGUAUCUCCCUUCCAUUAGUAUACCUCGGCUAUUACUUUGGAUUCCGAAAGCAACCGUAUGAUAAUCCUGUGCGAACCAAUCAAAUACCCCGGCAAGUUCCUGAACAGAGGUGGUACAUGAACAGAUUUGUUGGAAUUCUAAUGGCUGGUAUCCUACCAUUUGGUGCCAUGUUUAUUGAGCUCUUCUUUAUUUUCAGUGCUAUUUGGGAGAACCAGUUCUAUUACCUCUUUGGAUUCUUAUUUUUGGUUUUUAUUAUCCUGGUCGUGUCGUGCUCCCAAAUAAGCAUCGUCAUGGUUUACUUCCAACUCUGUGCAGAGGACUAUAGAUGGUGGUGGAGAACAUUCUUGGUAUCUGGAGGAUCAGCAUUUUAUGUCCUUGUUUAUGCCGUAUUUUACUUUGUUAAUAAGUUGGAUAUUGUGGAGUUUAUCCCUUCAUUGUUGUACUUUGGGUACACAACUCUCAUGGUUCUCUCCUUCUGGCUGCUAACUGGAACGAUCGGAUUCUAUGCUGCUUACAUGUUUAUACGCAAAAUCUACGCGGCUGUGAAAAUAGACUGAAAACAAAAAGCCCAGCCUCGUAACUAAGCAGUUUGUAUCUAUAAAGGGCCUUCUAACUGUUAAACAAUGAUGAACAUAUUGGCGGCAAGCACCUCUUGAUUCUGAAGAAUAUAAUUUCUGGAGAAAAAAAACUCCUUCAAUUUGGGUAAUUGUGGUGUUCACAAAUGGGAGGAAAAAUACAUCAGGCAGUAAUAUUGUCAUUUGCUUUCAGAGGCAUUUUUUUAUAUAAUAUAUUUACGCCCGUGCUGUUUUUGU